AUGAAAAAGUAUAAAAAAUUAAAGAGUUAUUAGGAUAAACAAUAGGAUAAGUUCUGUAUAAAUGCAGCUGCACUAUAGGAUCAUUUAAGUAGAUAGCUCUUCAAAUUGCCUAAAAUAAAUUCAAAGUAAUUAUCAUUAGCCUAAAAAUUGGGAUUAGUACCAUCACCUCCAAAACCUCUAAACUAAGAGGAAUGGGCUUAGAUUGAGGAACAGUCUCUUAAAAGGGAAGAUAUUUAAAAUUGUGUAUGUCCUAUUUGCUUGGAGAAAUUCAGAAUGCAAUAACAUGUAAUUUUGAGUUGUAGUCACAUCUAUCAUAAAACAUGUUUAGAAAGUUUUGAGAGAGUCUCAUAAACAAAACAAUGUCCUAUUUGUAGAAGAUAGGAUUAUGAGAAGAAGCAAUUUAUGGUGGCUAACAAAUAAUAUAAGAUCUAAUCAAUAAUAAAAAUAUAAGCAUUAUUCCGGUAGUUUAGAUGCAGAAAAUAGUUUUAUGAGAGGAUGAUAAAAAUGUAAUACAAACCAGAAAACAGUUUAUUGAAGAGGAAAUUGCUAUUUUAUAAAUUAUCUAGGAUAUCAUCAAGAAUGUCAAAGACUAUUUAAUAAUAAGGUAAUUAAGCUCAAUAAGCAAUAAAUCAGUUGGGUGAAAAUAUUCAAAUAAAGUAAGAGCAGAUGGAAAAUAAUUUAAACAAGAUCUAUCAAAUGAAACACAAUAAUGAGUAGAUGGCUAAAUUGUAACCAAUAAUAAAAGUGGAUUGGAUUAGCAUAAAGAAAGUGGCUCUAGAAAGGAGAGAAGUUGAUUGCACAAUAUGUUUACAGAGUAUGGUUAAUGCCAAAGUGUUUCUACUGAGUUGUUCACACAUGUUUCAUGCUAAUUGUUUGAAUUCUUUCGAAAGAUAUUCCAUGGCAUAAAUUAACAAUUGUCCAAUCUGCAGAUAGAGUUAUCAAAAAUCUCACUUUUAGUUAUAAUAAUGA